AUGAUUGUGAUUGGAGAUGAUCAAGCAGAAAUGCAAAAUCUUUAUAAGUAUCUAGCUUCCGAGUUUGAGAUGAAGUCAUUGGGUGAUUUGAAGUACUUUCUUGGGAUUGAAGUUGCCAGAUCUAAACAUGGUAUCUUUCUGUCUCAAAGAAAGUAUAUUUUGGAUUUACCUGCAGAGAUUGGAAUGUUGGAUUAUAAACCAAUUGAUACUCCUAGUGAACAGAAUCAUAAGUUGGGGUUGUAUCCUGAUCAAGUCCCUACAGAUAAAGAGCGUUAUCAACGACUUGUGGGGAAAUUGAUUUAUUUAUCUCAUACACGUCCUGAUAUUGCAUAUGCACUUAGUGUAGUGAGUCAGUUUAUGCAUUCUCCUAGUGAAGAUCAUAUGGGUGUUGUGAUGCGCAUCUUAAGGUAUUUUAAAGUAACUCCUGGAAAAGGGUUAAUGUUUUGCAAGUAUGGUCAUACAAAUGUGGAAGGGUAUACGGAUGCUGAUUGGGCUGGUUCAGUCACUGAUAGACAUUCUACGUCUGGGUAUUUCACAUUUGUUGGUGGUAAUCUUGUUACUUGGAGGAGUAAAAAGCAAAAAGUGGUGUCUAGGUCUAGUGCCGAGGCCGAGUACCGUGGGAUGGCUCAAGGUGUGUGUGAGUUACUAUGGUUGAGAAGAUGGUUGAGAGAUCUUGGGUUUGGACCCCGGAAACCCAUGGAUUUGUAUUGUGAUAAUAAAGCUACAAUUGCAUUUGCGCAUAACCCUGUGCAACAUGAUCGUACAAAGCACGUGGAGGUUGAUCAACAUUUUGUUAAAGAGAAGUUGGAUGCUGAAAUUAUUUCUUUUCCGUUUAUAUCAUCCGAGUAUCCACUGGCAGAUGUUCUUACGAAAGCUGUGUCUACUACAAUCUUUCUCAACUCGCUUGACAAGUUGGGCAUGCGUGACAUCUUUGCUCCAGUUUAUUAG